AUGGCCGCGGCUUUUACACAUGGUUGUAGUGUGUUUUCGAGAUUGGCUGGUUCCUUCUACAAGCCAUGGAAUCCUCCUCUUAUUUCACUUGGCCACCAGUGUUUAAAUAAUGGAUUGUCUUUAUCAGUUACAUCUAUUAGCUGCUUCUCACUACUUGGCAAGUCUCCAACUGCUAAUCUAGCUACUUUGGCUCAAAUGGCGAUAAAUGGUCCAUUUGAAAAGAAACGCCCUCCAAACAAAGCGAUGAACGCAAAGCCAUUCAUAAAAGGGAUUGUGCUAAAAACACUUAUACGUAAGCCUAAGAAACCAAAUAGUGCGAACAGAAAAUGUGUACGUGUCCGUUUAAGUGAUGGUCGUGAAAUCACUGCGCAUAUUCCUGGUGAAGGUCAUAACUUACAAGAGCAUAAUAUUGUUUUAAUUCGAGGUGGUCGCACACAAGAUCUUAUUGGGGUAAAACAUAAAGUUGUACGUGGAGUACUUGACUGUGCACCUGUUCAGAAACCAAGUUCAAAAUAA